CUCAAAACUUCGCACUGAUGCGUAGUCGUCAAUCUAAUGGCAGCUAGAUUUCUCCUAAAUAGAGCCGCUCUCUAUCAAUACCUAUCAUUCGCCAAUCCAAAACCCCAAUUUCUUUCUUCAGUUCAAUUUUCCCAACAAUCGCAUACACAAGGUAGAAAACAUAUUUCUCUUGCAAAUCUCCUCCAAAGAUACGGUUUUCCUUCCUCUGUGCUUCGCAAUUUACUCGCAACAAAUCACUUCUUAUUGAGUUCUGAUUCACAUGACAUCGAAAAGUCUCUGGGUAUUCUCUUAUCCUUCAGAAUUCCCCAGAAAUCGCUCGUUUCAUUGAUAUCAGACUGCCCUGGAGUUUUGGAAUUGGAAUUCCUUAAGAAAUGGAAAGUGGGUUUUUCAAAAUCUGGGAACUUGGGUUUGCCCCCAAUGGCAAUCAAGAGUAUUCUGGAAUAUGCAAGAAGGUUUCAGACGGACCCAGAUGGGUUUCAAAGGAGUUUGGGGCUUUUGAAGGGUUUAGGGUUCACUCAAGGCACUGUAAGUAGAGUUUUAGAGGGCUUUCCUGGGGUGAUGAUGCUGAGAGAAAGUGAGAUUGAACGGAGAAUCGAGUUCCUGUUGAGCAUUGGUAUUCCCAUGGAAGGAAUUCAAUGUAUUUUACAUUCUUUUCCUGAGGUUUUAGGAUAUGGAGUAGAAAACAGGCUAAUACCAUUGCUUGAUGAGUUUGGGAAUUUGGGUUUUGGCAAAGAUUUUGUUAGGAAAGAGAUUGUUAGAGAACCAGAAAUUCUCAGGUUGGAAUUAGGGGAGCUUUCCCGAUGCUUGCAAUUGUUGAGAUCCUUAAAAUGUAGGGAGCGAAUAAAAGAGCAAAUUUUCAACGAGGGUGCUUUUAGAGCUGGGUUUGAAGUGAAACUGAGAGUUGAUUGCUUAUGCAAACAUGGACUGCUUCGUAGGGAAGCAUUCACAGUGUUGUGGAAAGAACCGAGAGUGAUCAUGUACAAGCUGGAAGAAAUUGAAAGAAAGAUUGACUUCUUAGUUAAGAAGAUGAAAUUCAAUGUGGGUUGCUUGAUUGAAGUUCCAGAGUAUUUAGGUGUGAAUUUUGAGAAGCAGAUUGUUCCUCGGUACAAUGUGAUUGAGUAUUUGGAAUCCAAAGGUGCACUGGGUUGUGAGAUUGGAUUGGGGAGUCUAGUUAAACUGAGUAGGCUUAGAUUUUAUAACUUAUAUGUCAAGCCAUACCCAGAAUGUGAAGAAUUAUAUGGCAGGUUUUCAGAUGUCCAUGUCAAAAGUCGACAUCCAGCUGGUUUAUGGAAGCUUUUUCAACCACCAAAGUACCCAGAUUCAAGGGAAGAUGUGAAGAACAUGAAGGCCUUUGUGGAAUCACUGGUCUAGCAGAAUGGAGUUUACUUAUUGAGCUGAAUUUGGUAAGCUCCUGAAAAGACAUUUAGGAGUUUCACUGAGUGGCAAGGAUCAAAAUUCUGGUAUUGUCACAAGAACCCACUUCCCUUUUUUUUUUUUUCUGCUACACCUCAUUGAGGAACUUCAAAAUCAGUGCAAACUUAUGGAACAUUUUUUCAUGCUUUCGACUGUUGAAGACCUUGACAUUUAGGGUACCGAUAAAAGUGAAUUGUAAACAAGGGUGCUUUUAGAGCUUGGUAUGAAGUGAAAUUGGGAGUUGAUUGCAUAUGCUUACAUAGGUUGGUUCGUACAGACUCAUUCACAGUACUGUGUGGAAAGCUCCUUGGGUGAUUACGUAUGAGAGAGAAGAUACUGAGAAAGAGAGUGCAAAAUUAUGGAACAUUUUUUUUCAUGCUUUCAGCUGUUGAAGGCCUUGAAAUUUAGGGUACCAAUCAAAGUGAAUUGUAAACAAGGGUUCUUUUAGAGCUCGAUAUGAGGUGAAAUAGGAAGUUGAAUGCAUAUGCUUACAUAGGUCGCUUUGUACCGACUCAUUCACAGUGCUAUGUGGGAAGAUCCUUGAGUGAUUACGAAUGACUAUGAGAGAGAAGAUACUAAGAAAGUGCCAUCUUCUUGUGCAGGAUGACUUUUGCAGAGGGGUUGAUUGUUCAAAUUUUUUGGUUGUGAAUUUUGAGAGGAUGGUUCCUCAAGUGGGAUUAGAGUAUUUCUGGCUUUCUGCCCAAAAGGUGCACCUGGUUAUUGGGUGGCAAUGAGGGGUGGUAAAAUUGUGUUGGCAUGGAUUUCCCUCAACCAUU